GUGGGCGGGACCAGAGGAUGGAGCCUCAGGCCGCCUUGCAGUCCGGCCCGUGUGGACCAGGCCUGGGAUGCCUUUCCUCCCGUCCGCUUCUGUCCUGGGGUACAGUUUUCCAGGAUACUUUGCAAAGCAGCAUCGGAAGCCAGAAGCCAAGCCCUGGGGCUGCAAAGCUCACUCCUUCAGCUGCCACAGGGAGGCCGAAGCCCAGAACCGGAUGUUUCCCCGUGCUGAUCGACGAUCCUGCCAGCUUCCAAGAUGGUGGCCGCGUUGUGCAGAUAGACGCGAAGCCCGCCCCGAGGGGUGCCCGGCAGUGGCAGCCAGAUGUGCAGUGGGCAGAGCAGUUUGGGGGAGCGAUCAUGUAUCCCACCAAGGAAACAGCCCACUGGAAGCCUCCACCUUGGAAUGAUGUGGACCCUCCAAAGGACACGAUAGUGUCCAACCUGACCCUGAACUUCGGGCCCCAGCACCCGGCAGCCCAUGGUGUGCUGCGCCUGGUGAUGGAGCUGAGCGGGGAGAUGGUGCGCAAGUGCGACCCCCACAUCGGGCUGCUGCACCGAGGCACCGAGAAGCUCAUUGAGUACAAGACCUACCUGCAGGCCCUCCCGUACUUCGACCGGCUGGACUACGUGUCCAUGAUGUGCAACGAGCAGGCCUACUCACUGGCUGUGGAGAAACUGCUGAACAUCCAGCCCCCACCACGGGCACAGUGGAUCCGAGUGCUGUUUGGGGAAAUCACACGGCUUCUGAACCACAUCAUGGCUGUGACCACACAUGCUCUGGACAUCGGGGCCAUGACCCCGUUCUUUUGGAUGUUUGAAGAAAGGGAGAAGAUGUUCGAGUUCUAUGAGCGCGUGUCGGGGGCCCGGAUGCAUGCGGCUUAUAUCCGUCCAGGUGGUGUGCACCAGGACCUGCCCCUGGGGCUUAUGGACGACAUCUAUCAGUUUUCUAAGAACUUUUCUAUUCGGAUUGAUGAGGUAGAGGAGAUGCUGACCAACAACAGGAUCUGGCGAAACCGCACAGUGGACAUUGGGGUCGUGACUGCAGAGGACGCACUGAACUACGGCUUCAGCGGGGUGAUGCUGCGGGGCUCCGGCAUCCAGUGGGACCUGCGGAAGACCCAGCCCUAUGACGUCUACGACCAGGUAGACUUCGAUGUUCCGAUUGGCUCCCGUGGCGACUGCUACGACAGGUACCUGUGCCGGGUGGAGGAGAUGCGCCAGUCCCUUCGGAUCAUUGAACAGUGUCUGAACAAGAUGCCUCCCGGGGAGAUCAAGGUUGAUGAUGCCAAGGUGUCUCCACCCAAGAGAGCCGAGAUGAAGACGUCGAUGGAGUCCCUGAUUCAUCACUUUAAGUUGUACACUGAGGGCUACCAGGUCCCUCCAGGCGCCACCUACACCGCCAUCGAGGCCCCCAAGGGUGAGUUUGGGGUGUACCUGGUGUCUGACGGCGGCAGCCGCCCCUACCGGUGCAAGAUCAAGGCUCCCGGCUUCGCCCACCUGGCUGGCCUGGACAAGAUGUCCAAGGGACACAUGCUGGCAGACGUCGUCGCCAUCAUAGGGACCCAGGAUAUCGUGUUUGGUGAGGUCGACCGGUGAGCCGACAGCCGCAUUCAUCCCCCGGCCGCUUGCUUCCUGUGCGGAGCCUGUUGUCACUGCAGACGCGGCUGUGUGUGGGCAUGACACUCAGCUGUCAGUCUCUCUGUGUGUGUUCUAGAAAAGGGGAAACUAAUAAAUUAGCCACCUUCUGGCCCCUCUGCCAAAACA